AUGAUGACGUGCCGUCUGCUGUGCGCCCUGUUGGUGCUCGCCCUGUGCUGCUGCUUAUCCGUUUGCGUGACAGCGAAUGCUAAUGGUAAAGAAUCCGAGACAACAACGACGACUACAACGACAAAGGCGCCAAAUACGACUACAACCACGACGACAAAGGCACCAACGACGACUACAACCACGACAACGACAGAGGCGCCAACGACGGCUACAACCACGACGACAGAGGCACCAACGACGACAGAGGCGCCAACUAUUACGACGACAGAGGCGCCAACCACGAAGACCACCCACGCACCGUCACGUAUUCGCAAAAUUGACGGCAGCUUCGGCAACGCUGCGUGGGUGUGUGCUCCGCUUGUGCUUGCCGUAUCCGCGCUGGCGUACACCACUCUGGGCUGA